GAAUUAAAAUCUGUUGUGAGGCACUUCCGGUGUACUCUUUGUAGGUGUAGACAAAAUGACAGUAUACAACUUUUAUAUUUUUGAUAGAAAUGGUACUUGUCUACACUACGCAGAAUGGAACCGAAGGAAGCAGUCAGGAAUGGAUAGAGAAGAGGAGUACAAACUGAUGUAUGGAAUGAUUCAUUCUAUAAAAUCUUUUGUGAACCGGAUAUCACCAACAGACCUAAAAGAUGGAUUUCUCAACUUUAGAACAAGUCAGUAUAAGCUUCACUUUUAUGAGACUCCAAGUGGGAUGAAGUUAAUCAUGAACACAGACCUGUCAGUAGGAAACAUAAAGGAUGUUUUGCAUCAAAUGUAUAGCAAUAUUUUUGUAGAAUAUGUGGUAAGAAAUCCAAUGUGUGCCCUGGACCAACCCAUCAAAAGUGAACUUUUCGAGAGCAAAAUGGAUGACUUUGUGCGAGGUCUAUCAUUUUUCCCGUUGCGUGUGACAUAGGAUUGAAAAGAUUGUAUGUUUAUUUACUGUACCUUCAUAUUUUCUUUUAAGUUUUUGUGGAUAUAACAACAAAAAUGAAUGCCUGGAUUGGGAGCUGUGUAAUAUAUUAGAAUACUGAUGGAUGUUGGAUUUUCAAGAUACCAGAGUUCAUUAGAGCUCAAGUGUAAUAAUUUCGGCUUCCAAGGAAAAGUAAACAUAGUUUCAUCAUUAAAGGAUGAGACCGGCUCAGAUUGUACCGUUAUUGUCCGUCUUUGACAAUUUAGUUGUCAGUAACUCAUGAUCAGGAAAACAGGUUCUAGUGUCAACGGUUUGUCUGGGACAGUAUCGCCUACAAUACCUGGGCGAAACAAAAUCAAGUGUUCAGUUUUGUCUUGAAAAAUUAUCAUAAAUACCCCCGAGGAAACUAAAAAAAUCUGAUGUUAUAUUCAGAAUCCUUCUCUUUUAUGCUCAGUGUACAUGUUGUAAGGUUGGCUAUGUUUGCAACUAAUUAAACCAUUUCAAUUUCAAAUUGAC